AUGCCAGCUUCGAGAAAAAAUUGUUGCAUUCUUGGAUGUAAUAAUACAUCACGUCAAAAACGUGGAUUCGGUGUGGGAGUGAAAUUUUAUAAAUUUCCAGAGAGCGUGUUAGGAGCCCCAUGGAAAAUAGUAAAACGUAAACAGUGGAUGAAUGCAGUGAAAAAUUACGUAGAAAAUCCAAAAGACUGGGUACCAAAUAAAUAUACGAGGAUUUGUAGUACCCAUUUUGUUAACGGUGGAAAGUCAGAAAAUCCAUUACAUCCGUCGUAUAUACCAACAAUUUUUCCUGAUGAAGAAAUAACGUCCUCUCCUGUAAAACACAUGGCCAGAAAAUCUGCACACAAAAUUCGAACGGAUUUUGAUCAAGCGACAAUAGAUAUUGAUAAACUUGAUGAUUCCACGACAAGUUCGCCAGAACCAAAUAGGAAACGAAUUAGAAUAUCAAAAAAACAAACUGAUACUGGAGCACCUAGUAGCAGCUCUUCAAUAGAUGGAUGGACCGUUUUAUCGGACACAGACAUCAAUGCCAGCACUCAAGAAAUACAUAAUGAAAAAUAUGAUUCACAAAGUGAAGAGACAAAAUUACAUUUAGCUGAAUUUCGUAUAGCUCAAUAUCAAAUGGCUGUUGAACAUUUACAAAGUCGUUUAGAAGCAAGUCUUACAGAAUUAACAGAGCUAAAAGAAAAACACUUUAAAGAUGUCGAAUACUAUAAAGAAGAAAUUAAUUCACGGGAUCGUAAAAUAGCACAACUUGAAAAUGAAAAUCGUGCGUUAAUAGAUAGUUUAUCGAAAAACAUUGUUAAAAUUGAAGAUGGUGUACAAAAUGUGGAGGACGAAAAUAUAUUUGGAUAUUAAAGUAGUCCGGCUGUUGCAAGUACGGUGAAUGUUCAAAAUUCCUUUAUUACAAUAAACACAGUUUUGGAGCCUCUUG